UUAUGCUAUGGGGUUUCCCUUUUCAUGAAGCUGAUGUUCACUCACUCCUCUGAUGGCAGAGCAGAUAUAAAACCACAGUUGAGCAACAGCAGGCAGAGAGUCAGAGUCAGAGUUUGACUGAAUCCACUCCAGCCGACACACAUUUCCAUAAGCUAAUGGAUGCUUUCCAGCUGCUCCUCCUUGUUGUCGUGGUGAUAUCCACAUGCAAAUGGAAAUCAGAGGCAACCAGCUGUGUGGACUCAGACAAGGAGAAAUAUAACCUCCUUGAAGGCGAAGCAUUUUAUUUUAUUCCUUACGAUGUGAUUGAGCCGAAUGAUGGAGAAUUCACGUGGUUCAAAAGUAGCCCCCAGUCUAGGAAUAUUUCCUCCAAAGAGACUGAGAGGGUGUAUUAUCACGGUGGAGCGCUCUUUUUCUUUGACAUCCUCCCCACUGAUGCUGGAAAUUACACCUGCCAGGAAAUCAGUCCGACAGGUGAAUGUUAUAACCAUCAUGUUGAAAUCUGCGUCUUCAAUACGAGCUUUCGAGCGGAUGAGAAACUCACCUACGGAGAAGUCAAAAACUCUGACGGUAACAAAGAGAUCGAGUGUCCACGUGUUGUCAGUGACACAUGCGAAGCACUGACGGGAAACUUCACCUGGUACAAGGACUUCAUUCUUCUACCAGGUGAGCAUGAAGCUAUCAUGUGGGUGGAGAAUGCCGCCAAACAUGACGAGGGCAUCUACACCUGCAUCUGCACCUGGAGACACAAUCACAAGGUGUACAACUCAUCAGGCUCCCGGAGGUUAAUAUUUCAGGAAACAGCUUUCUUCAGUGAUGCAAAUAUCCUCUCUCCAACCAACAAAGUGCAGUUUGCUGAUGAAGGCAGUGAACUCAAGUUAAAUUGCUCAGUUUACUGUGGAAAAAACGCAACACGUAAGUGUGAUGCAAGCUGGAAUAUUAAUGGAAUCCCUGUCAUCAACAUUGACUCCAAUAGAUACAAUCAAGCCACCAACUUAGUCAUUGAGAACCCUUCAAAGAAUACCAUCGCCACUUCGAUCCUGACGAUUAAAAAAGUAUCUGCCAAAGAUUUCGAGGACAAGUUUGAGUGCUCCGUCACUAACUUUUACCGAGGAAACAGAGCAACUUUAACCCUCCAGCGGAGAGCAUCUAUAAUUCCACUGGUCAUUGGAGGAGUGUGUGUGUUGUUCUUCUGUGUCUUUGCCGCCAUGCUGGUCAAGUUCUUUGCCAUUGAUCUGGCUCUCUUCUUCAGACCUUACCUCCCACUGAGCAAACACAAUGAAGAUAAGAGGAUCUACGACGCCUAUGUGGUCUAUCAGAUGCAGAAAAAGGACAAGGCCACAGAGGAAACACUGUCUCGGUUCAUCACAAAGAUUUUGCCGACCGUCCUCGAGAAUAAGUGUGGAUAUCGACUCUUCAUCCAUGGGAGAGAUGAUAUACCAGGGGAAGAUCGCCUGGAGCUGGUGGAGGACUGCAUGAAGCAGAGCAGGAGGCUGAUGGUCAUCCUCACCCCUGGUUCAGAAUCAGGGCCUGAAAUCACAGACCAAUGUCCAGCCUCACCCCAAACCGCAAUAUUAGGAGGGUUCGACUGGCAGGUUGGGCUCCAUCACGCGCUGAUUCAGAGGGAGAUGAGUGUGAUUCUGAUCCAGCUGGGGAACACCGGCCCACAAGGAUACACUAACUUCCCCCCUGGCCUGCAGCACCUGAUCCUUAAGAGCGCCCCCUUGAGGUGGCCGGAGAGUUCGCGGGGCGCUGCAGCCUGGAACUCCCGCUUCUGGAAGAGGGUUCGAUACCUGAUGCCUGUCACGCCGGCCACAAAACGUACACAGCCUGCUAUUGUCUGAAACUGUGUUAAUUCUUAGAAUAAAUGAGUAGGAAAGGACAAAACUGAGAAAAUGAGGUUUAUUUGUACACUACCAGUCAAAAGUCUGGACACACUUUCUCAUUCAAUGCUUUUUAUUUAAUUAUUUUGUACAUUGUAGAAUAAUACUGAAGACAAUGACACUAUAUAAGAAUACAGAAUGGAAAUUAUGUUGUAAACAAAAAUGUUUUAAUCUUCAGUAUUAAUCUAUAAUGUAGAAAAUAAUGCAUUUUUCUUUUUUUAAAAGCAUUGAAUGAGAAGGUGUGUCCAAAUUUUUGGCUGGUAGUGUAUGUGUAUAGAAUGAUACAGAGACAGAGAAACAGUGUUUACUGGAGUUUACUGUGAUUUUUUUUCUUAUGUUGCUUUUCAAAAAAAGACAACAUAUAAAUUUAAAUACAACGUGUAUAAAUAUGUACAGGAUAAGAAUGUGUUCAGCAGAAAUUACUGUAAUGUUAAAAAGAGACAAAAGAAGGUUUGUCUACAUGUAAAAAAUGUAAAGCAUCUGUGACACGAUCCACAGCAUUAAAAACUGCUUCCAGAUAUUUAUGCUGCUACCUGAGCAGCCUCAGGAAUAUCUCCGAAGAAAUAUAUGUCAAGCAAAUAGAAAAUGUGUUUGCCUGCUCAGUUGGCUGUAUUUGCAAUUGUAAAAGACAUUUUUUUGAGUCUUUACUUUGUUUUCCAGAUGUUGUUUUGAUAUUUAUAGAUUUAAAAGAUUUUCUUAGUGUUUAAUUUUAUAUCACUUAAUCACUGUUUGUAUAAAUGCUACAAAGUAAGUGUAAAUACUACAAAAGCUGGUCAUUCCUCUCUUUAUUGUUCGUUUAUUGACAUUAUUAAAUAAGUAAAAGUUUUCUCUACAGUGUUUACAGUGUUCCCUCCAGUAGAGGGAGACAAAGGUCCUUUAGAGAGAUGGUUUCACUUGAGCAGCGUUACUGUUCUGACAGCUUUUCAGUGGUGGAACAAGUAUUGAGAUCCUUAAUUUAAGUAAAAACAGCAGUACUACACUGUAAAAAUACUGCACUACAAGUAAAAGUCCUGGUUUUACACCUUAGGUAAGUAAAAUUAUGCAAGUAUGAUCAGAAAACUAUUAAAAAAUGGAAGUAUUUUAAGCAAAAA